CGCGCACUCUUCAUUUUCGCUAAGAAACCCAAACCCUCACUCCCCAAACAUGUCGUCGACUCCCAAGAUCGCUCGCAAGGGCACCAUGGCCGCCACCGCUGAGGCUGGCAAGGAUUUCAUCCGCCGCGAGAACGCUGCCAAGCGCGGAAAGGCCGCUGGCACCACCUCCACCAAGACCCGCUCGUCCCGCGCUGGUCUCCAGUUCCCCGUCGGUCGUCUUGAGCGUUUCCUCCGCUCUGGCGCCUACGCCCGCCGCAUUGGUGGUGGCGCCCCCGUCUACCUCGCCGCCGUCCUCGAGUACCUGACUGCCGAAAUCCUCGAGCUUGCUGGCAACGCUGCCCGUGACAACAAGAAGACCCGCAUCAACCCCCGUCACAUCCAGCUCGCCGUCCGCAACGACGAGGAGCUCAACAAGCUGCUCGCCAACGUCACCAUCGCCCAGGGUGGUGUCCUCCCCAACAUUCACGCUGUCCUCCUUCCCCGCAAGGACGACGGCUCCAAGUACGACGAGGAGGUCGAGGACUCCAAGGAAUAAGCGCUUAUUCCUGGUCUCUCUCUAUUCUAAUGUCUUAUUUCUCACACACAAAAAAUGUCAAAAUCUUUGUUUGCUCGGCGUUGUCAUGAUGAGGCUUUGCUGAACAAACGCUCCAAAAACACUUCAAAAUAAAACUUAAAACUUGCGGUUGAAUCAACCGCACAAAAACAAACAAAA